GCUGCCCCCCUUCUCCUUCUUCUUGUAAUCCUGUAGGCUUUGAAUUUUGCAUUGCGCCUGGCUUCUUCGCCUCCACCCUGCGUCCAUGCAUGCAAAGCAGCACUGCCCUCAUUACUUCCCAAUUACUCCUCUAGCCAGUCGUGUCUCACUCUCCCCGUCUUCUACCUCCUCGCAUUCGAUUGUCAUUCUCAGUUUCUCACUCUAGCUAGUCUAGUAGUACCAAUAUCUAUCAGCAAGCAAGCAACCAUCUGUUCGUGUUCAGUAAUCUUCUUCUCUGCAUUUCUUUUGCCCCUGCAAUUUCCAUCACACCAACCACCGGCCGGCCGCACCAUAUUUGUUUCUCUCUCUCAUCUCACCACAAUCCAAAAUUUCCCUCACACCGACCGAACCAUCCACCGCUCUUCACUUUCCGAGCAAGCAUAUCCAAUCUUUGCAACCACAUUGUUGCCCCUCAACAUCCUCCCCCCUUCCUUUUGCAACCGAUCACCCACCCGAAUCAACUUUCUCUUUCCAGCAAGCACUACCGUGUCGAAAAUCCGACAAAGCUUGAUGCUGUGUGCGCCGUAGAAUCCGACGUUUCCGGCUUAAUUACCCGAGGUCGCUGCAGAGAUCCGCCAAUUUUGAGAGGACGAAGAAGGUGUACCGGCAGCUCCCACUGAUGUCGGACUCGGAGCUGUCCCAGAGCACGGUGGUGUUCGGGCUCCGCAUGUGGGUGCUCGUGGGCAUCGCCGUCGGCGCCGCCUUCGUGCUGCUCCUUGUCGUCAUCUCCCUGCUCUGCUUCCUCGCCUCGCGCCGGCGGCGGCAGCGGAGGCCGACUGCCCCUGUCCACCACCUCCCCGUCUCCGCUCCUCCGAAGGACGCCGCCAAGGUCAAGGCCUCAAAGGACAUCCAAGAAGUCCCCUCCCGCUCCGUGGCCGCCGCCACGAAGAUGCCACUCGCGCAGGUACUUCAGUUCCCCAUGGCCCCGCCUUCCGGGCCCGUUCAGACAGCCACCGUCAAGGAGCACCGCACGACGUACCCGGAGGAGCCCCCGCACCACAGCCACCGGAGCGACGGCGGACCGUCGUCGCAGGGCAGCAGCAGCGAGAGCCGCAACGGCGCGGCGGACCACGCGCCGCCGGCGAUGCCGGAGGUGUCUCACCUGGGGUGGGGCCACUGGUACACGCUCAAGGAGCUGGAGACGGCUACAGGAAUGUUCGCGGACGAGAACGUGAUCGGCGAGGGCGGGUACGGGAUCGUGUACCACGGUGUGCUCGAGAACGGCACGCAGGUCGGUGUCAAGAACUUGCUCAACAACAGGGGGCAGGCAGAGAAAGAAUUCAAGGUGGAGGUUGAAGCAAUUGGCCGUGUUCGGCACAAGAACCUCGUGCGCCUUCUAGGAUACUGUGCCGAGGGGAAUCAGAGGAUGCUCGUGUACGAGUAUGUUGACAACGGGAACUUGGAACAAUGGCUCCAUGGGGAUGUUGGUCCUGUAAGCCCUCUUACAUGGGAACAUAGGAUGAAGAUCAUACUAGGAACAGCAAAAGGACUAAUGUAUUUGCACGAGGGGCUUGAGCCAAAGGUGGUUCACCGGGACGUCAAGUCAAGCAACAUUCUUCUCGAUAAGAACUGGAAUGCUAAGCUCUCUGAUUUUGGACUUGCAAAACUCUUAGGCUCAGAGAACAGCUAUGUAACUACACGAGUUAUGGGAACUUUCGGGUACGUUGCUCCGGAGUAUGCGGGGACCGGGAUGUUAAAUGAAACAAGCGAUGUGUAUAGUUUUGGGAUUCUUAUUAUGGAGAUAAUAUGUGGUAGAGUACCAGUGGAUUAUAACAGGCCACCUGGAGAGGUAAACUUAGUUGAUUGGUUGAAGACAAUGGUAAGCACCAGAAAUUCUGAGGGGGUGGUGGAUCCGAAAAUGCCCCAGAAGCCUACCUCUAGAGCAGUGAAGAAGGCUCUGCUGGUGGCGCUGCGAUGUGUGGACCCUGAUGCUUCCAAGAGGCCAAAGAUUGGCCAGAUCAUUCACAUGCUUGAAGUUGACGAUUUCCCCUACAACAGAGAUGAACGCCGAGGCGGUAGAGCUCCUGCGCAGGCAAGGUUGCCCGAGCAACCAACUAACAGAACAGGGGAAGGCGAAAUGGACAGAACUUUGGACAAUGGCGAUCAACCUUUCAGAUGGAAAAACAAUGUAGCCUAGGUAUUCGUCCAAUUACCAAAUCAAUGUAAAAUCCCAUGAAUAUCUGAAUAGCGAUAGUAUCUGGUGAAGCCGCAAGCUGCCCUCAGUUUGGUGGAGAUAAUGACAUCAUCUGUAUAUGUCGUCAAAGUAACGCAAUAGCACUAGUGUUAAUUCCCUUGUUAUUUAUCCAACUGGAGAUGAUCUUGCGUCGUAAA